AUGAAGAAGGCCGGCAUGAUCCGUAUCAGGCCUGACCUUGCCCGUGGGGUGGCUACUUCUGCUGUGAGAAUGAUGGCGAGGAACAUAACCAUCGCCACGACCUCCAUGAACUUGAACGGUCAAUUCAACAACUUCAUUGCCGCAAGAGGUGUUGUGCCGCUGUACAUUAGCAUUUCCCAGAGGCUUCCGUUCUUCGACAACACAUUGGACAUCGUGCAUUCCAUGCACGUGCUGAGCAACUGGAUUCCGACCACGUUGCUACACUUCAUGAUGUUUGAUAUCUACAGAGUGCCUAGGCCUGGGGGUUUGUUUUGGCUCGACCAUUUCUUCUGUCUAACAGUACAGAUGGAGGAGGUCUACCAGCCGCUGAUAGAGAGCGUUGGAUUCAAGAAGGCGAAGUGGGUGGUGGGGAGGAAGCUCGAUCGUGGUCUAGAGCGUGGGGAGAUGUACCUUUCUGCUUUGUUGGAAAAGCCACUGAAACAACUCUUGGGAUUACUUUACAUUGAAGAAUUUAGUAAUAUUCAUUACUCUUGGGCAAAAGUGUAG